AUGUUGCGAAGGCUGUCUUGUGCCUCGCAGUCCUACGACUGGGGCAAGGUCGGGGCCGCCAGUGUGGUCUGCCAACUCAAGUCCGCCUCCUCGCCUGCCUUCCCCUGUGACCCCUCAAAACCCUACGCUGAGUUUGUGGACCAAGGCGGCGAAAACCUCGCCGACUACAUCAACAAGGACACCUCGGUUCUGGGCGCGGAGUCAGUGAAGCUUUUUGGCAGCACACUGCCCUUCCUCUUCAAGGUGUUGUCUGUCAACAAGGCCCUCUCCAUUCAGGCACAUCCGAACAAGGUAAGCGGCACGCCCCUUCUCCUUGUCAUUUGGAAGCAUCUAACCUAG